AUGGCGGAGAAUGAGUGGCUAUCGGGUUACCUGGACGCGAUUCUAGAGCGCGGAGGCGCGCCGAUGGACACUGACAAGAAGGAACGGCUGGAUCUAUCGGAGAUCAAGGGUCAGGGCGGCACAGCCGUCCGAUACUUCGUGAACGAGAUCAAGCAUUCGAGCGAGGAGGAGCUGCACCGCACAUGGAUGAAGGCCACAGCAAUGAGCGACGAGAAAGGUGCUCGAAUGGAGAAUUUCACGUGGCGAAUCUGGUAUCUGUCCCGAAAAAAGAAGCAGUUGGAGCAAGAAGCGUCGCGGAUUAAGGAGCAGCAGCAGCACGACAAGGAGGAGGCUGAGCUGGAUAUAGAGGAGGAGGACGGCCCUGACGAUGACGCGCUCCCGGACGCUCUGCCCGGCGCUGACGUGGCUGCUGACGUGGACAAGGCCGCGGAUGACCUGCUGGACUCCAGUGCCAACGUGGCAGCGGCCCAGGCGGCAGCAGCAAAGGCUGCAGCGGAGAAGGAGUCGCGGGGGAGGAGGGAGAACCAGCAGGGGGAGAGGCAGAGGGAGGUGCCUGCUGGUGCAGGGUCGACUGCUGAGGCGACUGGGAGGGACCCGCUUGAGCAUGGCACGGAGAAGAGGCUCUAUAUUGUCAUGAUCAGAUGGGUUGCUGAGGCGCUUGGGAAGGAUGCGCUUGAGCAUGGCUCGGAGAAGAGCCUCUAUAUUGUCAUGAUCAGAGAGAACAUGGACCUGGGGAUUCUUGAGGCGGCUCAAAAGGCUAAUAACGCAUUGUGCAUGUGCAUGUGUUCGUUUCCCGCCCUGCACCUGCGCCAUACAGCAUCCAUGGGUGAAAUACGUGGUGGAGAUUGCACGUGCCCUGGCGUCCAUGCCUCAGCAGGUUGGCAGGCAUCAUUCUUAUUCCCCUCCGUUCCAUCCCUCUCCGCACCCCCCCACCUCCCCCACCUUGGCCAGGUGAAAUACGUGGUGGAGAUUGCACGUGCUCUGGCGUCCAUGCCUCAGGUGUACCGUGUGGAUCUGCUCACACGCCAAAUCGUUGCCCCUGGGGUUGACUGGUCGUACAGGGAGCCCUCCGAAAUGCUGAGCUCCCUCCGCUACGACCCGGACGGGCUGAUAGCGGGUGAGAGCGCGGGCGCCUACAUCAUCCGCCUGCCGUGCGGGCCAGUUGACUGGUCGUAUGGAGAACCUUCUGAAAUGCUCAGCUCCCUCCGCUACGAUCCGGACGGGCUGAUAGCGGGGGAGAGCGCGGGCGCCUAUAUCAUCCGCCUGCCGUGCGGGCCGCGCGACCAGUACCUGCGCAAGGAGGCGCUGUGGCCGUACGUGGACGAGUUUGUGGACGGUGCCCUCACGCACAUCAUGCACAUGUCGAGAGAACUGGCUGAUCAGAUUGGGGACGGGCAGCGCGUGUGGCCCUACAUGAUUCACGGGCACUAUGCUGACGCAGGAGACAUUGCAGCGCUGCUCUCAGGUGCUCUGAACGUGCCCAUGGUGCUCACAGGCCAUUCUCUUGGCCGCAACAAGCUGGAGCAGCUGCUGAAGCAGGGCCGCAUGACCCGAGCAGAGAUCAACACACAGUACGCCAUCGACCGGCGGAUAGAGGCCGAGGAGUUCUCCCUGGACGCCGCAGAGCUGGUGGUGACGAGCACAAGGCAGGAGGUGGAGGAGCAGUGGGGGCUGUAUGACGGCUUUGACGUGCGUCUGGAGAGGGUGCUGCGCGCCCGCCAGCUCAGGGGAGUCAGCUGUCACGGCCGCUUCAUGCCGCGCAUGGCGGUGAGUACACAUGGGGACACAGAUUUAAGGUACUUUCUGGGUUGGCUUUGA